AUGAUUAUUCUUCACCAUUUGGCGGACUCUCGUUCUUCGAGAAUUAUUUGGUUGCUAGAGGAGAUGAAAGUUCCAUAUAAGCUGAAGCAUUAUGAUCGUAAAAGUCCUGCGCUCGAAGACAAUGGAAAAACCUACAUUGAGAGUGCUGCUGUCAUUGAGCAUUUGGUUCGCAAGUAUAAGAGAGACUUAAAACCCUCUGAGGAUAAUUUGGAUGCUCUAGAAAAGUAUGAAUUUUGGAUGCACUACGCUGAAGGUUCCUUAAUGAUGUUAGUCGUCGGCCUUUUUGUUAAUAACAAGGCUGUAGACAUGUCUCCUCUUGUUAGUCGCUUUCUGGUUCGAAAAGUCACGAAUACUAUUAAUGAAAAUUAUUAUCUAAAAGAAUUAUUCCUCAACCUUGAACACGUCGAUGAUUUUCUUUCCACUAGUAAGUUUGUCACCGGCGACCACUUUACUGCGGCCGACGUGCAGAUGAGCUAUCCUUUGCUUUGCCUUCAGAGUACAGUGUUGAAAUCAAGGCCGUAUACAAACAUCAAGCGUUGGCUUAUUGAAGUCACUAGUCGUCCAGCUUUCGAAGUUGCAUCCCAUAAGGCUCAUGACAAGGUUUUCCAACUUUUAAAUGAAACGACACAAGGAAAGGAUGAAGAAAUAGCUGACUUUUCUUCCUUCUCUAUCUCUGCUUGA